AUGGCAGAUCCUUCAGUGGUGGAUCACCUCACACGACUGAAACUCAAACUCCUAGAAAAGAGACUAGAAAAUGAACAGGAGGACCUAGAGAAGAUGGAGUCACCUCUCCCAACUGCAAGGAAAAGACAGGAGGAUAUGCUCCAAAGUGCCCUAAGGCAAAGGAACAAUCUGCUGCAGGAUCUUAGGGAGCAGCACCUUCUGGAAGAGCUUUCGCAGCCCUCUGCACCAGCUGGAGGAUACUGUCAUAACCACCUAGCUGCCCCCUUGGAUGUCUACCAGAUACCCUUUCCAGCUGCCCAAGCGGGGCCACCAAGGAUUAUCCGGCAGAUGAUGCCGCCUCAGCCUGCCACCAUCAUCCAGCAGUUACCUCACCUGUCCCCUCUGAUCACACAGAUCCCCCCCGCCCAGCCUUUUGCGGCCCCCCACUCCGGAAGCAUUAAAGAAGAUAUGGUAGAGAUGAUGCUGAUGCAAAACGCUCAGAUGCACCAGAUCAUCAUGCAGAAUAUGAUGCUGAAGGCUUUGCCACCGAUGUCAUUCACACAGUCUGCUGGACCCAGCUCUCCCCUGCUUCAGCAUGCACAGCAGGACCUGCAGUUUGCUGCUCCCAAGGCUGUGAAAGCAGACAGACCCAGGCCAUCUGCAGUGCACCACCACCACUACCCUCCCACAGGGCUGCUCCCAGUGCCUUACGGGGGCUUCCCGUCCACAUCCACGGCACAUCACUGGACCAGCAGCAUGCCUACCUGGGGUAUUUUUUCAAGUGCAGAAAUUGAUGGACUUCUUCCUACGCUGCCCCCAGGUCUGCAGAACCCUCCAGCCCUUAGCAGAGGUCAGCAGCCAGCUCCUCCAGGGGAUCACUUGCCUGUGCCUUUCCUGCUGUCUCUGAGCCUGGUUGGCUUUCAGAGUGUGGCCCGCAUACUGACAGUACGUGUUCCUCUGCAAGUGGACCAUAGCAUCGCUGAGGUCAACUGA